AAAUAGAACAGACCACAAGACAGACCUGCUUGCAAAAUAAAUUUUAAAAAUUAAAUAAAAACAACAGCAGCCGGCAAAGAAUGGUUUAAGUUUUAAAGACAGCUGCAAAUUCAUUACAGAAACCUCUCAAUCUUGGCCCCCGGACGGCGUCGAUACACCACUGGAGGUCAUGGACACUGAGCUUCUGGACUCUGCUCAGGCAGAACACGGCUCACUUCUGCUCAGGCAGUUGGAGAGGAUGAGAGCUGCUGAGGAGCUCACGGACGUGGUGCUUCUCGCAGAGGGCAUUUCCUUUCCUUGCCACAAGGUGGUGCUGUCUGCAUUCAGCCCUUACUUCCAGGCCAUGUUUACAUGUGGUCUGAAGGAGACGAGGGGAGGAGAGAUACCUCUCAGAGACACUCCUGCUCACAGUCUGGACCUGUUACUGGGCUACAUGUACCGGGCUGAACUCCCACUUACCAAUGACAACAUCCAGGGAGUGGCUGCUGCUGCCUUCCUGCUCCAUGUAGACGGAGCCUUCAGAUUGUGUCAGAGCCACAUGGAGGCGUGUAUGGACCCUUCCAACUGUGUUGGUCUGUACCACUGGGCCCAAAACCUGGGGGCCACAGGUCUGGCUGACAAUGCCUACAGACACCUCUGCCAGCACUUCACACAGGUCUGUGAAGAAGAAGAAGUCCUGGACCUGGAUGCCCAGAGUCUUGGGGAUCUGCUGGGUUCAGACGACCUCAACAUUACACAGGAGGAGGUUGUCCUGGAGUUGGUGCUGCGUUGGGCGGAGAAGAGAAGAGGGGACUCUCCAAGUGAAGCUUGUGCUGUGGAGUUACUCAGGCGUGUGCGGCUGGAAUUUGUUAGCCCUGGAUUCCUCAGAAAAGCCAGGAGGAGAAACCCGGUAUUGCUGGGGGAUGCUGAGUGCUUUGGGAUGAUUGAUGCUGCUCUUCAGACCUCAGGUCUCUGUGAGACGGCAGUGCCGCCGCGUCCAGCUCUUCGCUACGGCAUGGAGGCCACUGACCUCCUGCUCUGUUUGGGUGGGGUUAAUAAGGAGGGAGUGCCUGCCCGCCGUGGAGGACUUGCUGACCUCAGUUUUUGCUUUGCCCCACGUGGAAGAAAGACUUUCUACAUCCUGUCUCCACUGAGGGCCUGUGGAGGUGUGGGACAGAUCACGACAGGAGUAGUGACACGAGACAAUACCAUCGUGGUGGCCAUUGAAGCAGUUGACCAACACAGGGUGAAGAGGGUGAAUAUCUACAGGUACGAUCAUUCGGAGGAGAACAGCUGGGUGGAGUUGUGCUCGGUAGCGUACAGAGACAUGUACGCAUUAGGGCAGCUGGGCGAUGGUCUUUACAUGAUAGGCGGUCAGAUGAAACUGCACGGUCACUACGUCAUCACGGACAAUGUGCAGAGAUGGUCACUGAAACGAGGAGGCAGCUGGCUCAGCUUUGCCCCUCUGCCUCUUCCUUUAGCCUGCCACAGCGCUGUGAGUCUGAGGGAGCAUCUGUAUGUGCUCGGGGGCUGGACACCACAGGAUCAUCCCGAUGACGAGCCGGACAAGCUGAGUAACCGCAUAUUCCAGUUUGACCCAAGCAAGGACAGGUGGACAGAGUGUUCCAGGAUGAAGUACUCCAGGUACCGCUGCGGCACGGCUGUCCUCAAUGGAGAAAUCUACAUAUUAGGUGGUAUAGGAUGUGACGGAGAAGAUCGUGGUCAAUCACGUCGCUGCCUGAGCUCGGUGGAGAUCUAUAACCCAGACACAGACACUUGGAGAGGGGGUCCGACCCUGCCUACGUCUCUGCUCUCUCUCCAAACCAAUGCUUCUAAUGUGGGAGUGGUGGAGGGAAAGCUCUACCUCUGUGGACACUACAAGGGAGCAGGCCGUCAUGAGAUCAUCACCAAGGAGAUUUUGGAACUAGAUCCUGCGGACAAUGUGUGGACAGUGGUGGAAAGACGAGCAGCCAUGCAGGACAGCUAUGACGUCUGUCUUGUGGCUAACCUCAACCCUCGAAACCUCGUCACACGCUAAUGCUUCAUCUCCCAACCUCUGAGCACCACUGCAAAGGCCAGGAUAUGUUGGAAAUAAGCUUCCGUCUGCUAAACCUCAUGCAGCGCUAUCCAAACUUGGCUCGACUCUGGAAUUUGAACACGUAUCAAUGACUAAACUGAAACAAUCUGGAUGUUCUCGUUGUUAAUCAACCAAAAAAAAAAAAAAACUUCAUGUGUUCUUUUAAGACUUAAGAGCAAAGAGCUUUCAUUUACAACCACUGAAUCAACAAGAAAAGUUUCUGUUAUGAACCAUUUUUGGAAAUGACCCAAAUGAGAAAAUACUGAUCUGAAUAUUUUAUCAUCUUUCACUGCUAGGAUAAGAUUUUUAGUUCUUUAAUUAAGAUUGGCCAAGGGUUUUUUUCAUUUUGUCAUCUGUCUGAGAAUAAUGAUAUUGUAUGCUUUUGUUUUGGCUUCUAUGUUAGAUUUCCUGACUACAAUAAUCCAUCCACCUGGCAGGUGGGACAUAACAUGAUGCGGAUUAAAGAGUAUUAACCAGGUGAACCAUGGACUGGUCACAACAAAAUGUUACACAAUGCCACAUGUUUUGAGCGUACUAUCUGCAGGAUGCUCAUUUCAUUUCACCACCACACGCCGCCUCCUACAUUGUAACAAGAAGGAAGGAUGGAAAAGAAAAGAAAAUGGCCGACCAGUUUUUUCCUCACCAGAGCAGGAAGUAAAGGGAGGAGGGAACUAAUAAAUCAGUCCCAACUGAGAGCUGAGGAGUGAGAGGGAACCAACAAAAGAAGCUGGAAGGUGGAGUGAAUGCAGGAGAAGGAGUGCAGACAAAUUAAGGAAUAUUCUGUUAUUUGAGCAACUAAGAAAAGUAAAAUCAAAGACAGUUUGGUGUGGGACAAAAAACGAGAAGAAUACCCUGGAGCAGGAGACCCUGAUGAUCUUAGUGGCUGAAUUCUUGUUUGGAAGACACCUACUAUAGCAGAUCAUUUCCCACACACAUACAUAAUAAUCCUAAUCCAUUCAUGUCUGUUGUAAGACUUUUUGAUAUUUUUUUGAUGCUGUCUCUGAUUGUUGAUUUUGAAUUGUGUUUUGAGUUUGUGGGUUGGUCCAAUCAAUUCUUAUUUUGAAUAUAAUCUACACGAAAGUAACCUUGCCUUGGUUGUAUGUUCAUGUUAUCUUGGCAUCUUUUGUAGCAUAGCAAUAAACUAACCAGCUCUCUGAAUUAUGAAUAUUUCAA